GAGUACCUACUCUGCAAAAGCGCUGUAGUACUCUGUGACGGGCUACGUCGUCCAAAGUCCGGAUUGUCGGGUUUGACAAUUUCCGCCUGAGUUAGAAGAGACAGCCACGCAUUGUAGAACGCUUACUUCAUCCCGAUGCAACUUGCAGAUCCGACCAAGGCCCUAGUUAUCAAGGGAAGUGCAAGGCAACAUGUUGUGUCACUCGUGUGAGGGCUCUCUCCAGCGACUCGACCUCUCGCUCGCCCAAGAGGUCGAACUUCACGCUGGUUUCGACAGCCUUAUCACGAGCUCCAUAUCAGGAUGUCAAUUUUGCAGGAUGAUAGCAUCCGACUUAUACAGGCAAGAGGUAACGGACAAGAUUAGAGGUGAUUACAGGGUCAUUGCGAACAGCAUCGCGAACAAAGGCUUCAUCGUUGCGUUUCGGCCACCAAUUCCAGUAACUGACGGAAGCAAAUCGGUUGACGUUGAUGUGAAGGUGGUAGUCGAGGAUUUGCGUGUCCCAGCUGGAAUAUCGAAGGUUUUACAAACCUUGGAAUGCUCACAGGACACACACACCGGAUCUCUCAAUGCAUUCAAACUGGCCUCCGCCUGGCUCACCGAAUGCAAUACCUACCACCCCCGCUGCAACAAUUCCAACGCCCUAUCCACACAGCUACCCACACGCGUCAUCGACGUAGGGUCGCUCCAAACCGAUGAAACCACCAUCCGCCUCUUAGAAACCGGCGGCCAGAAGACAGGAAGCUAUGCAGCCCUCAGCCACUGCUGGGGUGGCAGCAGCCAUGUUUGCUCCACGCUCUCCACGCUCCCAAUCUACACGUCCAAAAUCGAGAUGAGCAUCCUCCCUAAAACCUUCGCGGAUGCCGUGCGCGCAACGCAACAGCUGGGUAUCCGCUACUUGUGGAUCGACUCGCUCUGCAUUGUCCAGGACUCUGCAUCAGACUGGGAGACUGAAGCAGCGAAGAUGGGCUCGUACUACACAAGCGCUCUGGUGACCAUCUCAGCCGCGCAUGGAGCGAAUAGCGAUGCAGGCUUGUUCGUCAACCGUGAUGCUCUUUCGAUACAACCGUGUUCAAUUGAGAUCAAGCACGGCGAUCGUCAGCGCCAAGCCUACGCCUACGUGCGCGACACCUCCUUCCAACUCUCACGCUCGAGUCUCGGAGAACUGAGAACGCCGCUCCCGCUGUACACGCGGUCGUGGGUGCUCCAGGAGCAAAUCCUCGCCCCGCGGACACUGACAUACGGCCAUUUUGGCGUCUCCUGGCGGUGCCAGACGAUGCGCUUUGAUGAGCGCGCACCCCUUUCCAUGCCAAUCGAGGAUUUCAUCAAAGACAAACCGGGAGGGUUUGCGACGUUUCGCGGGGACCCAAGAGACGUUGAGACGACGGUGGCGGAGUUACAAAGGAACUGGAUCUUUCCCCGACAAGCGGGAGAUAAACACGGUCUCCAGACGUUCCACAAGCAUGUGCACUGUGAUCCCGCGUCUGACCAUUUUGCACAGGAUUGGGGUCGCCUGGUGCAGAACUACACGUCGCGUGGUAUGACGCGCCAGACCGACAAACUGAUUGCUAUAGCGGGGGUUGCGAGCAUUGCGGCAGCUCUCAAGGCCAUCGAGUACAGCGCCGGAGUAUGGAACGGGUCGCACGACAUGCUCAUCCAAGGACUGUUGUGGUCGGCUUCCAAGCGCGGAGCGCGGCUCUUCGACGUCGCGCCGUCGUGGUCAUGGGCGAGUAUUGAGUGUGAAGUCAAUUGGCCCGGGCAUCUGAGCGUGGCCUUUCGACGGACUGCGAGCGUUCUCUCUUUUGCAUGUUCUGGGACUGCAGCUCGGUGUAAGGGGUCGAUUACUCUUCAAUCUCGGGGUCGCCGUGGCGUCAUAAAUAGCGAUGGAGGGCCUAGGUUGAUCGCGGAUCAGCAGGGCGAUGCGUCGUUGCCUGACACAAUAGCUCCGCAUUGGAAGCAAGGGGUGAUAACGCUGGACGAAAUCAUGCGCAGUCCAACUCCACUACUUUUCUUAGAAGUUGCGACUGGCAAGGUCAAUUACACCAGGACUGAUAGCUUAGUGCACACCUUAGUCCUCGUAUGCGACGAUGAAAGCCCGGGAAAGUAUCGCCGAGUAGGGUUUGCCACAUGGGAUGACAGUUUCUGGGAUAGACCUACCGCCACCGCCAGUCAGCAAAGUCAGAUGCAAGUCACAAUCCAUUAG